AUGCCAGCGGCUCCUGCGAAUCCGUCGUCCAUCGCCCCUCGCGACACCGUCAAUACGAGAACGAGGCCUCUCCUACCGGUGGCCGAGCGGAGGAACCCAGAACUGGAUGCAGCAUUGAAGCGGCCGAGGACCAACUCGGAGACGGAGAGAUGGGACAUUACGCCGGAUGGUGGCUCUGGUGGCCGAGAAGGCCGGCGAUUUGCUGUGUCCAAUGUCGGCAAUAAUGGGCGGAUUUAUCUCAGACCCACCGUACGGCCCGCUCACGAGCGACAUCAGGCGCCCAGUUUUGUCUUUCCGAUGACGCCGCCUCAGACAGCGGGGCUGGGUUCGAAGGGCAACGAGCAGAGCAGGCGGCCAGACCUCCUCGAUGUUGGCAAGUCGCACGAUUUGGAGUGGACAUUGAGCCAGGGACCCGCCACACCUACGAACCAACCGCUACAAACACUCCUUCUCAGUGAUCGGUCGGGGCAGACACCAGCGCACCGCCGAGCCAUGUCUGACUCUACGAUCCAGGACGCCAGCGUUGCCCGAGAAUCAGACGCCGGCGGUUUUAAGAUUGUCAUCACCAAGCCCGGGAACGAGAGCCGGUCAAAAACGCUCGAGGAUAUCGAUCCUCGAGAUCCACCCUUUCUUGAGAUACUUAUACCCUCGUGGAAACUGGGUACUCCGCGAUGGUCUACGAGGGGCACUCCUUUCCUUCGAGGCUCUAGUUACGCACCGACCGAAGAAUUCCGCUCCAGCCAUCCUUCUCCUCUCCCGCCCCGUUUCGGCCCAGGCUCCAUCAGAAUCCCCUCGGCCCGUCUAUCGAGUUCCUUGCGGUCCCCUUUCAUAACCUCUGUUCGUUUGUCACCAGAACAUGCACUCCGCUCGACGUACAUGUCCACGCACCAGGCAAUUGAACCCGCCAUGUUCGAUGCUCUGACCUUCAAGCCGGCCUGUGACGACCGUGCCCUGGUCCGAUAUUCUCCAUCCACGACUGCGGUGACGGCGGCCACCCCACCCCGCCUUGUAGCAGAGAUCACAUCGCCGACCUUUCUUGACUAUGAGCUCCUGUCCGACUUCUUCCUUACUUUCCGCUCUUACUUGGCACCCCUUGAUCUGCUCAAGAUGUUGUUCGCCAGAAUGCGCUGGUCUCUUGCCAGAAAUGACGAAAUCGGAACCGUUGUCCGCGUUCGAACUUUUGUGGCGCUGAGGCACUGGAUUCUCAACUACUUUGUGGAUGACUUCGUCUGCGAGUACGAUGUGCGCGUGAAGUUUUGCAUUCUGAUGAAUGGUCUGGCGGAAGAGAUGGCUCAAUGUGCCAAGGCGCGCCGGGUGCAGCUCAAAAUCCUGGCUGAACUGAAGAAAUGCUGGAGACGGGUGUGUGCGCAGUUUUGGGACGGAUCCGAAUUCGAUGCAAAUCUGCCACCGGAAGCUCCCAUCACCCCUGGCGGCAUCCCAGGGCACCGUGACCCGAGUCUCGAUCCUAGUCUCUUGGAGGAAUACUCGCUCGACGGCCCGCCACAGUUGGAAACGAUCUAUGCACCACUGACAAGUAACCCGCCCGAUGUUGAGACAAGUUUCUACCGCGAGGUCGCCGAAGCCGGUGGAAAUGACUAUGGGCACGCACAAGUUCGAUCACGAACGCCCAGCAACGAGAUGGGCGAGAAAAUCCUCAGGCAAAAUGCCCAGUUCUCGCCCACAAGCAUGUCGAGUGUGGAUGCGCUUUCGUGUUCAAUCCCGUUAAAAUUUGGAGCUCCACGAUCGAACCAUCCUCUUGCUGCACACCCGGUGGAUCCGAGUGCGCUCUACACUGACUCUGAACCAGUCGCUCCAACCCCGCGUGCUCUGGCAGGAAAGCGUGCGCGCGCACAGCACUCGCACAAGCGCAAUAAGAGUACCUCGGACUCAUUGAGAGAGCGUGAUCCAAUCUUGGAGAGGCUGCUUCAGAGAAAUACUGAGACCACCCUAUCGCUGCCCUACGCAGGGAGUCUUGUGAGGGGCAAUGUCUUGCCGCCCGGCCAGGCCUUUGUCGAGGUCCUUGCGCCAAACUCAGUCGGUGGACCAAGCAGGCAGACAACGUACCUCCGGUUAGAGACCAACGAAGCUGCCAAGGACAAGUUCCCACCUUCUGCGAUGUCAGGCCAGGGCAUGCGACGCCUUAUAGGCAGUGUUCGUCGCGCACUGACCUCUAGGGGCCAAGAGAUGUCACCGACGCAGGGAAACUUCAAUAUCACGCCCAUAGGACCUCGAGGAGUAACUGCAAACAGGUUACCGGGGACCGCAAUAGUCCCGCAGUCCCGCACAAGAACAAACAACUUUCGACCGCCUGUUCGGAUUGAUCUGUUGGGGGCUGAGAUUGUCGAAGACUUCAAAAGAGUUGUGCGUGAGGAUGCAGCGGAAGCGGCAGCGCGCACUUUUCAUGGCUCUACACCAUCAACACCAACCACCAUCAGGAACCCGGUUGGGCUAGUAGAGCACGACACAACACGCAUUGAAAGUCUGCUAGGAGUCCGCUAUGGAGAUGAAGACAGGCGACCCACAAGUGAAGGGGGGGUCACGGCCGGGAGCAAGUCGAUUCUCAUAUUCGACGGCACGCGGGCGUCCAGCGGGCAUCCAGCCAUGUCCGGUGCUAUCCCUGUGUUGACGCCGUCUGUCGAAGCCUUCGCUGACUCGUUCAUGCCGUCUGGUGCUGAUCCAACGCCGCCGAACACUCCACCGGGUAGGAUCACAGACACGCCAAGGAGGUCCUCGCAAUUGCUCGGGCAACACAUGCUGCGAUCAGCAAAGUCUGCCGAUAAUCUGCCACCAUUUAUUCCGGAUCUGGAAUCUCUUGACGAUGAUUCGAGCUUGCGCCGAGGCGAGAAUUAUGAAAGACCGUCGGUGUAUCCUAGGCGUCGGUCGUCAAACUCCUUUUCGCAAUCGCAGUCUCGUCCACCAUUGAGUGGCGUCUCGCGCUUCUCGCGGCAGCGAUACAGCCGGUCACUGUUUUCAAAUGGUACAAUGGGCCCUCGAAGACGCGCUUCCUUCCACAGCGGGAUGGAUCAUCGGUCGACGCUCCGCAGUUUUGAUGCUGUAUCCGAUUCGAACAGACUUUCAGAACAGUCGUCUGAAGUUGCCAUGCCACAUCCUCUUCGACUUUUGAGGAGACGCCCCGGUGGAGAUCUUCGAGCAGUCAAUAACGUGGUCGACCUUGGGCAUGCCCAGCUGCGCAGAUCACGAUCUCUUGGAUCUUUGACGACCGGCACUUACACGCCUUCUCUUGGAACCUCUCUCAUUCAGAGCCCGAACAUGGCUCGGGACUCCACGGGUCUGCUGGACAUGGUUAACAGUGCCUCCUCCCGCGAUCGGACACAGGCAUUUUCGGUUGGUAUGAUGGCAGAUAGGUCGAAACGGAGACAGUCGCUUCUAAGCACACUUUCCUCAAAACCAGUCAUGAGGCCAUCGUUCGAGGUCGAGGCACAGCGGCUGGCAAAUAUCCCUGAUGACGAUGACGAUGGCGGGGUCGAAUCGGCUCUCUUGAAGCUAGAGGGCAAGUAUCAGAAGAAGGUAUUCAGACUGUCGAUGGAACCCACCAAAUCUCCACUCAGAGAGUUUGAAAACGCCGACGAUCUGUCACAGAAAGCCUCGGACAAUACGGAGCUCAAGGCUGAGAAGAAGAAACAUCGGAAUGAGCACAUUGGCGAUGAGGGUGUCAGCCCGUUCCCUCCCUCCGAUGGCGAUGUUUCGCCCGUCUCGUCAAACCGCCUCUUGAGCCAGCCGGGUCCUGGGAACAGCCCAUCUGCCCGCGAGCCGCGUGUGGAAGUCAUAUCGCUCCUCUCUGAGGGCUCAAAUGCCUCUCUGGCAUCUAUCCCUCUGCUCCAACGCAGGUUGACAGACGACGAGCGGCGGAGCAGAGCGGUGUGGGCGGACCGGUCCAUUCUUGGCGACGCCGCAGACGGUGGCGCUAGCACCGUUGAUGAGGGAGAGGCUGCCCAGGAUUGUGCCUCAUAUGAGGUUGUCAAAAGGUCUGAGAGCAUUGAGAAGAUCAAGCCCGGAGACACCAUGCCGACCAGGCAACGCAGCAGUACGAGGGUUUCUCAGAUGUCACAGCAAUUUUUCCUGAACAUUGGCGAUACUGAUGACGACGAUGAGCUUUCGUCCGAAAUGUCUGAGAUGCCACUGGAAGAAGAUGAGGAUAUCAUCGCAUUCCCAUCUCUCCAACCCGGCGUGUCACUGAGCAAGAUCCGUACGUCUGAGGACCCGUCGCAACCAAUGGAAGACGAUUGGUUGUCGUCGCCUGCCAUGGCACCAGAUGUUCCCAUGGCUUCUCACGUGGACAACAUUCCGGAGCUUCACACCGCACAGAUAUGGGGCGUCAAGCCCUUGCCUCCGACACCUGAAUGCACGCCUACAUUCACGCAGCCAGCCGCAAACCCAAAACCAUCUCCAGACUCUGCUGGCGUGACUGAAGCGCCACGAAUCGCGACCAAUGCCCAAGAGCGCGACGCAAACGCGCGGAGAUACUCUGCACACCUUCCAUUCAUAUUGGCUUUUGACUCAGAAGUCCUUGCACAGCAGUUCACGCUCAUAGAAAAGGACGCUCUUAACGAGAUUGACUGGAAGGAGCUCAUCGACAUGCGAUGGAAGAACGCCGAGAACAACGACGCCCGCUCGUGGGUGCAGUUUUUGCGUGACACAGAUGCUCGAGGUGUCGAGGUGGUCAUUGCGCGUUUCAACAUCGUGGUCAAAUGGGCGAUCUCCGAAAUUGUUCUUACUCAGGACAUCGAGGAACGAGCCCGUUGCAUUAUCAAGUACAUACACAUUGCCGCUCACUGCAGGCGCUAUCGCAAUUUUGCGACCAUGAGCCAGAUCGCAAUUGCACUGACUAGCACGGAGGUCAGUCGCUUGGCGAAGACAUGGGACCUAGUCCCUGCUGGCGACACUCGGGCACUGCACGAGCUCGAAGCUCUCAUUUCACCCACCCGCAAUUUUUAUGCCCUGCGUGCGGAAAUGGAGGGGGGCGGUCUUGCGAGUGCUGGAAUGGGUUGCAUACCGUUUGUGGGAAUUUAUACCCACGAUCUCAUCUUCAACUCGCAACGGCCCGCUGAGAUAGCCAGCAGCCCGACGACGGCGCCAUUAGUUAACUUUGAGCGCUGCAGAAUCGCGGCGGGCAUUGUCAAGGCCUUACUACGUCUGCUGGAGGCAAGCACAUUGUACAACUUCCAACCGAUCGAGGGCAUUACAGAACGCUGCCUCUGGAUGAGCGCUUUGACCGACGAAGAAAUCCGACGGCACUCUCAAGGCUUGGAGUAG